AUGAAAGACAAGAUAUUUUCCUUUCUUGUUGCUGUCAAUUCAAAGCAAGCGAGUGUCACUUCAUGGCAAACGACUCUCUUGUCCAUGUUUCGAAAUGCCUUUGUAUUGUAUGUGAGUAUGGUUCUGUCAUCAAUUCCAUCCACUCUGAAUGAAGAGGAGAAUGCAACAUUAGCUCAACCACCACUCUGGGGAAUCAUUCCUUCAUGGAUUCAUCGAGUCAUGUUCUAUCCCAUUACGUUGGGUGCGGAACAUUAUUCGUAUAUGACCAUUAUUGUCUUGUCAUCAGUAUUUCUAGCGUUGGAAUUAUUCACUCUCUUCAUGUAUGCUGUUUUCUAUCUGUUACACAGUAGGGGAAACAAGUAUUGUGACAAGAUCAAAAGAAUCCUUAUUCAACCACUCUCUCUAUUCAUGCUCGUGUUUACCAAUUGGAUGGUGUGGAUUCAUUGUGUGCCCAUGUCAUCAAGUUCCUCCUCUUCAUCCUCUCAUACCAUUUCGAAUGAAUACUUUCCCUCCAUCACUAUGAAUUCUACUCUCAAUACUGCAUUCAUUGUGAUUGGAUGUGUGGGUGUAAUUCUUAACAUGAUCUUGGCGAUUUCAGCAAGUGCUGUGAAGUGUUUCUUGAGUUUCUUGGUUGCCGUGUACUUUCUGUAUGGUUUACCUUAUUACAAGACUUUUAUCAAUUCGUUGGUGUUUGGAUGUUUGUGUGGUAAAACGUUGGGAUGCCUUGGACCGAUCAUGGCCUCUGCUUUGAUGAGAAAUAUCAUUCAGCAACAAGAGCAACAACAAGAAUACAUUUCUCAGUUGGGAGGAAUCAUCACAGGAGUCACAAUCGCUCUGCAAGCUUUGGGAUUUGUUUUGGGAACUUUGAGUUGUGAAUUGUAUUUGAGAUUUGGAGUGUUAAAUGCGGUCAAAAGAUUUAUGACUCAUCAUCUCACAGACAAACACUCUGCCAUUCAAAUUUACAACACCUUUCAAGAAAACAAAUCCAUGAGAAAGCUCAUUCUCUUUUAA